CUCGUUUACUUGCUCGCUACGCGGCUGCUAUCCACGACAAGGGUCCUGCUUCCAUAGGCUCGUUCUGCUUUUGAAUAAACCCUUCACUGCUGGAAGGAUAUGUCAUCGCUGGACUUCUCUCAGUGGAUUUUUCCUAUAGCUGCGUUAGAACAGACUCCAACAGCUUUGGAGCGUUCUCUACAAGAUGAAAUGUAUAACCGGAAUCGAGGCAUCGAGUUCUUGUUUCGCUUGGGGACAUCAAUUGCACUCCACAAAGCGGCGAUCUUCACCGCCGCCACCUGGUUUCAUCGGUUCUUCAUGCGCCACUCUAUGGAAGAUUAUCAUCGACAAGAGGUCGCAGCUGCAUGUAUAUUCCUCGCCACAAAAACGGAGGAAUGUGGUCGCAAGCUUCGCGAUGUUGCCCGAGUGUACUGCGCUAAAUCGGACAACGUCGACAUCAACGAUGUGCCCUCUCAGGGGAAGACUAUCGAUAUCACCUGCGACAUGAUCCUCUUGACAGAGGAGGUGUUAUUGGAGGCUUUAUGCUUCGAUUUUGUCGUUGAAAGUCCACAUGCAGAUCUCGUCGACCUCUUCGAGAAGUUUGAGUGCGCUACCAAGCUUCAAGACUAUGCGUGGACCAUAGCUCAUGACUCAUAUCGGACACCACUCUGCGUACUCUAUCCACCAAAAAUCCUGACAGCAUCUGCCUUUGUGCUCGCCCAGCAUCUUGCGGAGCCUUCCAGCUCGCAAACGCUUGACCCAUUAUUAGAGCAAUUACGCGCGCCACAUCCAAAUGCAGGGCCGUUUACUCCGACAUCGCCUGAACAGAGACAGUUACCGCAUGAGUUCCUGAUGACUGAUUCUGAGAUGAUAUCCGUACGAGACGCGCUUUCCAUCCUCCUCGAAUUCUACCACUGGCAGGCAACCGUGAACUCAAUGGAGCACUUACAGCGCCUUGCUGCGGUAACUCUACCAACGUCGACUUCUCCGCGACCUGUCCUAUACCCCUCUCCAGAUCUCUCAAAUGGACAUUCCAGCACUGCAGACCAGACAAUACCACCACCGGCACCGAAUAGCCAGCCACCCGAACCACCUCGAACCACUACUGUCUCAAAUGGGACUUUUCAACGUAGCCCCGCAAAGCCAAGCGGUCGAAGACUGGAUCUCAGCUAG